CGAUCAACGGCUUCAAAUUCGAACUUGGGGGAAAGGGCACGGGUGAAAUGGGAAUAAGAGUAAUUUGCUCCGCCAUAGAGGGGCAAAAUGGGGACAAGAAAAUGGCAGGAAGAACGGUGGCCAAGCUGGCAAUUGGCUCCAAUUGGCACGGACCAUGCACGCGCGUGAAGACCUUUAUAAAGUCGUCUCUCUCCCUCCUCCCCUUUCCUCCAUCUUCAAGGCGUGCCCUUUCUUGCUCUCAUUACUCUCUCUGUGCGUGUCUCUCUCUCUCUGCCCAUAUCUCGCUCUCUCUCUCUCUAGAAAAACACAUCGAUUGCUCCUGUUUCUUCAUGGCAUGCUCGCUCCCUCGCUCGCUUUCUCUCACUUCCCAGAAAAACGCACAGGAAACAAAAAAAAUUAUAGUGAGAGAAGAGAUCUUUGCUUUCCAGUAAUGCCCCUCUAGGCCAACCUGUCCUCUCGCGAGAUUUGAAGCACCUUCCGAAAAACAGCAGCUUUCUGAACCUUCUUUCACAGACAAACUCAACUACCUCUCUCCCUCCUUUUGUCUCUCUCCAUCAUUUUGUCACUUUCUCUCUGUCAAUCCUUGUGUUCUUGACAUCUCUGUUCCUGCACAGUUCUCUGAAGGGGGGCGAAAAAGGGGAAAACAGAAACAUGUAUAAGUCGGAGAGAACUCUGAAAGAAGAGAGAUAUGCGCAAGGGAAGCAAAACCCAUCUUUUUCUUCCACUCUACUGGACAAAAUCUACAGAUCCAUUGAUGAAUCCGACCCAAAAGGCGAGGACUUGAAGUUUUACGGCGACGCGGCAAUGGCGAGGAAACAGAGCAUCCGGGACCUCAAGAAAUGCAGCUCCAAAAGCAACAAAUGCGCCGAGGAAAAUCUCUCUCUCCACCGAGGGGUUUUCGUCAGUAGCAAGGUCGGCGACGAUGGAGGACUGAAGACGAGGCAGAUAAGGGAAGAAUCCGAGAGGAAGCAGAGGAGGGAUCGUGAUCACGACCACGACCACGAUGCUCUGUUUUUCAGUUCGACCUCGAGCUCGUCAGAUUCGAGCUCCGGUGGGUUCUCUUCCUCGGACACUGAGUCCAUUUAUGGGGUCGUCAAGACGAGGAGCUCUUGCUUCGCUCCACCACCACUACCGAGGCAAAAGCCGCUGAGGACCAGCUCCUCUACUAAACCAGAGAAAACAGAGAGGGCUCUGUUUCAAGAGCAGAAGAAGUUGCGUGACUUUGAUCAUCAUCGUCACAAUUCUUCUGCCGAACAGAGCGCAUACAACGAGGAAGGUAUGAUAAAGUCCAAAUCGAGAGCGUUAAAAAUCUAUGCCAAUCUAAAGAAGGUGAAGCAGCCGAUUUCGCCAGGGGGGCGGCUCUCAAAUUUCAUCAAUUCUCUCUUCACCGCCACCAACACAAAGAAGCCCAAGUCGACCCCUGCUAUUGGUAGCUAUGGCGAACCAAAUGCGGAGAGGAAAUCUCAAUCUGCACAUGAAUCCGUGUGUUCCUCGGCUUCUUCCUUCUCGAGAUCUUGCUUGAGCAAGCAUUCCCCAGCAACGAGGCAAAAACUGCAAAACGGGGUCAAGAGGACGGUCCGGUUCUACCCGGUGAGCGUGAUCGUGGACGAAGAUUGCAGGCCGUGCGGACAUAAAUCACUGUUCGAGGAAGAUCACGGACAGUAUGGCUCGAAUUCAAUGCCGGUGUUGGUGCCGAGUGCGUGGAAAAUCGGAGGGAGGCUGCCAACGUCGAGGAAAACAGAGGAAACGGAGGAAGCCAAAUGCCGUGCGAACGAGAAGAGCCGGCGCGUGGAAGAGGCGGCGAGGGACUUCUUGAGAGAUUACUACCAGAACCAGAAGAAGGUGAGGAACGACAGUUUCGCGGCGAGGGGUCACAGGGAGAUUCAUCGGGUUGGCGACGUUGAGGGCGAUUACCGCGAUGACGACGACGACGCAGCGAGUUGUUCGAGCUCAGAUCUGUUCGAGCUCGAUCAUCUUGCAGUAAUAGGAAAUGAGAGGUAUUGUGAAGAGCUUCCGGUGUAUGAAACCACUCAUGUUGGAGCAAAUCGUGCCAUUGCUAAUCGACUGUUCAUGUAAUUACUAUUUCCCCGUGAUAAUACUACCAGAAUCGCAAUAUUAGCCAA